AUGGCGACCACGCUGCAUUUACGAUCAGAAUGCAAGCCUCUGGAGCAUAGAUCUGCCCUAACUCCUACGACUACCAAGGCUCUUCUAGACGCAGGAUACAAAGUAAAUGUUGAGAAAAGUCCAGAAAGAAUAUUUGACGAUUCCGAGUUCGAAGCUGCAGGAGCUACCCUGGUUCCUGAAGGGUCGUGGGUAGAUGCUCCGGCGGAUCACAUUAUUAUCGGCCUCAAGGAGCUCCCUGAGGAUAGCUUCGCCCUCAAGCAUACCCACGUCCAAUUUGCGCACUGCUACAAGGGGCAAGGAGGCUGGCAAGAUGUCCUCUCUCGUUUUCCUCAAGGCGGUGGUACCCUCCUCGAUCUAGAGUUCCUUACCGACGAUACUGGCCGCCGCGUUGCAGCUUUUGGAUAUCAUGCGGGCUAUGCCGGUGCUGCUUUGGCUAUCGAGGCUUGGGCGCACCAACUCAAGAACCCAUCGGCUAAAAGCAUGCCUGCGGUUUCAAGCUAUGCCAAUCAGGAUCUCUUGCUGGACGACGUUCGGUCCCAGAUGGCAGAAGGUGAAAAGAUCGCAGGUCACACACCCCGAGUACUGGUCAUUGGCGCCCUGGGCCGUUGUGGUAGAGGUGCAGUCGACCUGUGCAAGCAGGCAGGUAUCCCAGACGAGCAAAUCCUCAAAUGGGAUAUGGCGGAGACAGCCAAAGGCGGACCGUUCGGUGAGAUCGUCGAGUCCGACAUCUUUGUGAACUGCAUUUAUCUCUCUGACCCGAUUCCUCCCUUCAUCAACAAAGAAUCGCUCUCCUCGGAGAAGCGUAGGCUCUCGGUUGUAUGCGAUGUCUCAUGCGACACGACGAACCCGCAUAACCCUAUUCCCAUAUACACAGAAAACAGCACAUUCUCCAACCCGACUCUACCGGUGCCAGGCUAUGACAAUCCACCUCUGUGCGUGAUCUCGAUAGAUCAUCUGCCUAGUUUGCUCCCCCGAGAGGCCAGCGAGGCGUUUAGUCAUGCUCUCUUGCCCAGUCUCCUAUCGCUGAAGGACCGCAAGACGACGAGAGUAUGGCAGCAAGCCGAGGAGCUCUUUAACAGCAAAGUCGCGACUCUACCGGAGGCCUUGAGAGGCGCGUGGCAGAGGGUAACUGGGUCGGCAUGA